ACACCUUAAAACAUAGCUCUUUUUAAAUACUACUUAUUAAUAUAUACGUAAUCUAAUAAAUUAUUACGAAGACAUGCUGUGGACACGGAGGCGGCACAUAUUAAACAAAAAUAAAUCAAAAAUGUGAUUUGCUGGAAAAAAUAGACUUGAAGGGAGAUCGGCAUGUUGAUGGCAGACGCAUCUCUAUUUUGGUUACGAGCAAGCAACAACAACAGAAAAAACAAAAACGACUGGCGACAGGAGGAAGGAAAGACGACAAAACCAACGAGUCACAGACACAGCGAACAGCAUUAAUCGAUACACCGAUAACUGAGAAAAGAUAAAGAAAAUAAAACAAAUAAAUUUAAAAAAAAAUGACAUACGAUCGAAAAUUGGGCCUGAAAACUGUUGCCUGGAGAACGUUGCUUGAUCAAAAGAAUGCCGAAUGCGAAGAGUUGCCCAAAAGUUGUUGCCUGGAAACGGAGCCGGAAAUUUGGACCAGCAAAGCCGUAAUACUCCGGCAACAACGUUUGCCCGAGUCUCGAAAUACCAAUAUGAAUAUCAAUACAACAACAACUCCACCGACGAUCAUCGAUAAAUCUAUGCCAAAACAACAACAUCACCAACAAAAAAAUCAUCGAAAUCGAAAGCAAUCGAAAUCGGAGCCGCCUCAAAUGCCAGCAGCCGCGCAUCGAAAGUCCAAAAGUAAAAGUAAGACUAAAUUAAAUAAAAGUGGAACAACUGAUUCUGGUUCUUUUUCGGUGAACAAUAACAAUUCCACACACAAUUCCCUUACAAUUUGUGCUGGCUCACAACGCAUCGGGUUGCAUCCGGAUGCAUUCCACUUGAUGACGACGAUCCAUUCACAUAGCAACCAGUGCAAAAUACUCUGUACACCAGGCAUCAAUCGAAGCAAUAACAAUAAUAAUAAUAUUAAUAAUCAGAGCAAGAGGAAUAAAGUGAAGAAGAAGAAGGGGAGCAAAUUGGCGUUGAUACCGUUGCCCACGUUGGGCGCAACAUCCUUUGUCACUCUGCUAACGAUCAUCUGCAUUGAGACCGUGCUGCUGUCCACAAUGUCUAGCUGUGCUAAGACCUUCUACAUGCAUUGGAAUACAUCGAACAGCAUAUUUCGGAUUGAUAAUACGGAUCACAUUAUAGACGUGAACAAGGGCAAUUUGGCGUUUGAAUUCGAUCAGGUGCACAUUAUUUGUCCCGUUUACGAGCCGGGCGCAUUUGAGAAUGAAACGGAGAAAUAUAUAAUCUAUAAUGUGUCAAAAGUGGAAUAUGAAACAUGUCGCAUAACGAACGCCGAUCCGCGAGUAAUAGCUAUAUGUGAUAAGCCCCAAAAAUUAAUGUUUUUUACGAUUACGUUCCGGCCAUUUACACCGCAGCCAGGUGGUUUAGAGUUCCUUCCUGGAAAUGAUUACUACUUCAUUUCGACUUCAUCCAAGGACGAUUUGUAUCGUCGCAUUGGCGGUCGCUGUUCUACAAAUAAUAUGAAAGUUGUGUUUAAAGUGUGUUGUGCCGCUGAGGAGAAGAACAAAACAACGGCACCGACGACGCUCAUUGAAAAUACGGGUGGUGCCGGAACAGGUAUGGGAACGGGAACUGGAUCCGUUGAUAAUACGGCCAUCAAUGUGGAUGUAAACGUGAAUGGCGUUAAUACAAUUGGUGUCAACACGGCCAACGCUGGCAACACUGGCAACAUCCAUUUGAAGCCCAUCAACGGUCUGGGCACCUCGAUCAACACAAACAUUGAUCAAUUCAAUCGCAUACCCAUCCAACCCAAUAUUAUUGGCAAUAAUAUUGGACAAAGUGGAGUUGGAGGAGGAGCUGGUGGCGUUAUUUUAUCGCCUGGUCAUGGUAGCAUUAAUAUGCUGCCACCGGGCCGCGGUGGCAUACAUCUGACAUAUCCGGGUCAUCAUCAUAUACAGACGGGCAUUCGGAUUAAUAAUGUGCCAACGAAUGUGCAACAGAAUCAAAAUAAUCCAAAUAUGCAUUCGCAUCCGCCGCCGCCGCAUCCGCAUCACAAGCAGCAAGCCGGCAACAAUAAUCUAAAUGCGAAUGGGAAUGAUGAUCAUCACGGCUAUGACAAGCAUCCGAAUGAGGUGGUCAAGAAUGAGGAACUCACCUACAACAGCGGAACGCAACAGAGUCAUCUGUGCAAAUGGAACUGGAACUGGAUCAUUGCAAUAAUCACAAUUAUUUAUCGGUGAAUUAUGCCUGCCUCGUUUUAAAAAGAGAAUAAAAAAGAAAGCCGACAAAUAAAUGUGGCAGUUAAUUUAUGUAUUUUCACAAACGGAACGAUUCAAAUCGAGCCAAAUUAACAAAGAAAAUUUAAAACAGAAAAAUAAGAGAAAAAAGCGAGAUUAGUAGAAAAGAAGGAGAAAGGUGAAAUAGAAUAAAUAAGUAAUCAAAUGGAAACAUUUUCAAGCGCAUUAAAACAUAGUUUAUAGCUAUCUAUAUAUACAUAUAGACUUAAUACACUUAAACACGAAAAGACCGAUUAUUGUUUUAAUUGCUAACUGGCUUUGCCUACAAAUAAUUCAAAUCAAGCUGUUGCAACUUGUUUGUCAAAAUGUAUUCGAAGACCAAAAUUCAAACAACUUUUUGCAGCAUAAAUUUAUAUAUAGGUAUAAAUAUGUAAAAGACAAAUUUAUUCAGUC